GUUGACGUCCGCAACGCCUUCAACUCUGUUGACCGAGGCGCCUUACUCACGCAAGUCAGAGAAAAGACACCUGAGCUUUAUAAUUUUGUUUGGCAAUGCUACAGCACGCGUUCCAAAUUACUUUUUAAAAAUAACCUUUUAUUUUCAUCAGUGGGCUGCCAACAAGGUGACCCUUUGGGUCCUGCACUUUUUAGCCUUGCCAUCCACCCUGUCCUGGAAGCGAUGACGAGCUGGAAAACAGCCUGCCCAAAUGCAGACCUCCCCAUCAUUCGCCAUUCGCAGCACCAAUGGGACGAGCCGCUCUGUCGGCUGGUACGGGAUAAUCUCAUUGAAACGUCUACCAGCACCACAGAGCGCGCUCGUCUCCUUGCUGCUGCGAGUUGGGAAUCCGGCUCCUGGCUGCAAGCCCUGCCGUCUAAGAACCUAGGCACCUUGCUGUCAACGAACACCCUUAGAUUUUCUUUAUGUUUGCGUUUGGGUGUUGCUUGCGUGGCCCCUCACCAAUGCCAGUGUGGCACAAGCGUCUCGCGGUUUGGUCUCCAUGGCCUAUCCUGUUCCAGGAGCGUCGGCCGUCUUUCACGUCACGCGAGCCUGAACGACAUUCUCCGCCGAGCUCUCGUUACGGCGGGAGCCCCGGCGGUCCUAGAACCGCCUGGAUUGGCUCGCGACGACGGAAAGAGACCGGACGGCAUGACCCUCGUGCCUUGGAAGAUGGGACGCCCUUUAGUUUGGGAUGCCACAUGUGUGGAUACCCUUGCGGCGUCCCAUCUCCCAGGGACUUCAAACAGAGCUGGUGCUGCCGCCAACUCCGCGGAACACCUCAAACGGCGCAAAUAUGCAGCAAUUGAUUCCAGUUUCAUGUUUGAGCCGUUUGGGGUGGAAACGCUUGGGCCGUGGGGUUCAGGUGCUCACAGCAUCUUUAAGGAGCUUGCCAAGCGCCUCGUCGACGCGACAGGAGACAAGAAGGCUGGCACUUACCUAGCGCAACGCAUAGGCAUUGCCGUUCAACGUGGCAAUGCCGCCAGCCUUCUUGGCACCUUGCCACAGGGAACCGAUUUAGAGCCGAUUUUUUAUUUAUAAAGUAUUUAUUAUAUUAUUUUUAUAGUUACUUAGGUUAGUAUAGUUUUUAAGUUAGUUUUAUGUCA